CAGGGAUUAAUGGGGGCAAUAUUUCUUAAAAUAAAACUACGCAGAGGUCGGAUUAUGACUUUAUGAGUACUCGUAAUAAAUUUUCCAAUUCAAUUGUUUUUUUUUUAAAAAAAAAAAAAAAAAAAAUUCCAAUUCAAUUUUAGGUCUUUUCCCCCAUUUUCGAAUUCUCAUUUCAAACCCUCGUCUUUCUAUUCUUCACCAAAGAAAAACUCAAGCUCCACAACAAUGGCGGCAACCCAAAUCCCAGCACCUAAAUCAUCUCUUUCAUCCCUCCUCAAUCUCCUCCCAUCAUUCUUCAAAAAUAACAAAUUCAGCGAUGCAAAAUCCCAUUUACUCACUUUCAUCGCCUCCGAUCCUCAACACACUCUUCAUCACCAUCUCCUUCACCCUUCUUCCCAUCUUCCUCCGCCCACCAAAGCCCUUUUCGACACCGCAAUUUCCGCCUACUGUCAGUCAGGAAAACCCCAUUUUGCCCUUCAAAUCUUCAAGAAGAUGAAGCGUCUCAAGCUCAAGCCAAAGCUUCUAACUUGCAAUACUUUGCUCAAUUCAUUGGUAAAAUACCCAUCUUCUCAUUCUAUUUCUAGUUGUAGAGAUUUGUUUGAUGAUAUGGCUCGAAUUCGGGUUGCCCCAAAUGUUGUUACUUUCAAUAUUUUGAUUAAUGGGUAUUGUUCGGAAUUUCGAUUUAAGGAUGCUAUGGAAGUGCUUAAGAUUAUGUCUGAUUUUGAUUGUUUUCCUGAUAAUGUUACUUAUAAUACUAUUUUGGAUGCAUUGUGUAAGAAAGGUAGGUUGAAUGAUGUUAGAGAAUUGUUGUCUGAUAUGAAGGAUAAAGGAUUGGUUCCUAAUAAGAAUACUUAUAAUAUAUUGAUUAAUGGGUAUUGUAAAAUGGGGUGGCUGAAGGAGGCGGCGCAGGUUAUCGUUUUGAUGACACAUAAUAAUUUAUUGCCUGAUGUUUGGACUUAUAAUAUGUUGAUUAAUGGAUUGUGUAAUGAUGGGAAGAUUGAUGAGGGUUUGAGGAAGAGGGAUGAGAUGGAGAAGUUGAGAUUAAUGCCGGAUGUGGUUACUUAUAAUACUUUGAUUAAUGGGUGUCUCAAGUUUAGGGAUAGUAACGAGGCGUUUGCGUUGUUGGAUGAAAUGAGGGAUAAGGGAGUGGGGAAGAAUGCGGUUACUUAUAAUAUAAUUAUCAAGUGGUUUUGUGAUCAAAAGAAGAUUGGAGAGGCAAUGAAUGCGCUAAAGGAGAUGGAAGAGAGUGGAGUUUCACCAGAUUGUGUGACUUAUAAUACUAUAAUUAAUGCAUAUUGCAAGUUGGGGAACUUUGGAGAAGCUUUUAAGGUGAUGAGUCAGAUGGGUAGGAAAGGCUUGAAGAUGGAUAUAUUUACGUUGAAUAUGUUUCUUCACACUCUUUGUGAGGACAAGAGGCUUGAUGAGGCGCAUGAGCUACUCAAUAGUGCUAUUGGGCGGGGUUAUGUGCUUGAUGAAGUGAGUUAUGGUACUCUGAUUACGGGGUACUUUAAGGAUGAAAAGGAGGAGAGGGCUUUAAAGGUUUGGGAGGAGAUGAAAGAGAAAGGGGUCAUUCCAAGUGUUGCCACUUAUAAUUCUUUAAUCUCUGGGUUCUGCAAAUCAGGAAAAACUGACCAAGCAAUCGGAAAGUUGAAUGAACUUAUGGAGAAUGGAUUGUUCCCAGAUGAGACUACAUACAACACCAUUAUCCAUGGUUAUUGCUGGGAGGGUAAAGUUGAGCAAGCAUUUCAGUUUCAUAACAAAAUGGUGGAGAAUGCAUUUAAGCCUAAUGUGUACACAUGUAAUAUUCUUCUGCGCGGUCUUUGCUCUGAUGGGAUGCUUGAAAAGGCUAUUAAGCUUUUCCAUACUUGGGUUUCUAAAGGCAAAGAAGUUGAUGCAGUUACGUACAAUACAUUGAUAACAAGUCUGUGUAAGGACGGAAGACUUGAAGAUGCUUUAAACCUUGUGGAGGACAUGAUGGAAAAUAAUGUAGGACCGGAUAAGUACACCUACAAUGCCAUUUUCAAUGCUCUUGCCAGUGCAGGGAGAACAAUGGAAGCAGAAAAAUUUAGGGAAACAAUGCUUCAAUCUGGAAUGUUGCAGGAUCAAUGCUCACAGCUUGAAAAGGGCGUAUCGGUUGAGGCUGAUGUAGUGACGGCAGAGCCAAUCUCAUGUGCUGAAGACUUUUCAAAAAGGAUAAAUGAAUUGUGCAUGGAAGGUCGGUACAGGGAAGCAAUGGACAUAUAUCAAGAGGCUAGUCAUAAAGGAGUAGCUGUAAAUAAGACAGCUUAUUUCACUCUGAUUGAGGGGCUCCUUAAGAGAAGAAAGUCCAUAUCAAAAGAAGCUCAUUGACUUCUGGUUCUAUGAUGGGUUCUCAUGACCUAUUUACUUCCUUGGGAUCGAUGGAUUUAGAUUCGAUUGAAUCAGAACACACCUGAGACUACAGGGACCUCUAUGAUUCAAUGGCCAAAUCAAUUAUGAAAUGCUUACCGUUUUGGAAGCUGGCUCUAGAGAGAUUCUUGCCGUAGUGGUGAUGCCAAACUGUCCUAGUGUCCCAAGAAUGUCAUAAAAUUAAAGAGUGACCUGUCUAGUGUGCGUUGAAAAUUUGGAACUUACUCUGGAUUUGUGGAGUUACAUGUAGAGCAAGGGUCUAUUUUGGAAGCUGAAGCUGCACAUUUCCUGUAAAAUGUGAUGCUCUCACAGAAUUUGAAAUGCCGUGCUGCUGGUGCCACUGCAUGCUGCCACCGUUGCUGCUGCUGGCACUGCACACUGCCGUUGUGUCUUCCUCAUAAUCAGUCCCAGUACUGAAGUGUCUGAUGCUAUCGUCUCCCUGAGAGACCAACACGCAAUCUUUGGAGGAUGGAUGCUGCCGAUUUUAAGCAUAGGAAGAAAUGCCCCAAUCUCCCCCCAAACAACCCGCCCUUGGUGAUCAUCAAACCCACACAUUAUGGGUACGAGAGAUGGAAAUGCUGACUACUGGGCUACCACUCCAAGUACUUUAGGAUAAAUAUGUUGCACAUAUUAUCGCUUUUGAUAUUGUACAUACUACUGAAAAAUUCCUAUAGCGUACUUUCUCUAGUUUAAAUAAUUUGUUAUAUCGUCCAAACUCCUUAUUACAGAGUAACACAGAUAAAGAGUAACACAGAUAAAGACAUGAUCAUACAAAAAGAUGAAUGAAUGUUUCAUCUUUUCUA